CCAAAUUAAUCAGUCAUGGGUUACUCAGUUUUAACGAUUUAUGGCUUUUCACAGGAGCAGUUAUCAACAAAUACUGACACUGAAGCACAUGAGGAUAGAGUUGGAAAGCACGAAUCAGAAAUUCUCCCUUUCCCAAAUGGCGAGCGGAAUUUUGUUCUUCCUGAAGACAUUAUUCAUGAAGUAAAAGAAGGCAAGAGUGGAACAGAGGAAGAACUGAAGGAUGAACACAGAGAGGAGUUACUGGAGCAGCCACUUGCUGACGAGGGUACGUACCCGAUCUAUUCAACAGCAUCAAAGUGAGAUGGAGCUAAGCUC